UUUUUUUUAUUUUUCUGAUUUUCACUUUAGGUCCAGCGUGGUUCGGUUUUCAUCCAACUCUAUAGUACCCCAAACUAAAACCGACCCGAUAGAGAAUCGAUUCGGAUCGAUUUGAUUUAUAUUUAGGACUCGGGAGGGGAGACCAUGACGUGGUUAAUGAAAUUCAUUACGUAGACCCCACAAGAACAGGUGUUUACCCAAAGUGUUACCAUCUCAUCAGACGAUACUCUUGUAGGGUCCCACCACAGCCGCCUCCCAUAUGAUCUAACCCCAAAACACCCUAUACCCAGAAACAAAAAAGGCUCCGAAACUCCUAAGCUCAUAGCUGUUGCCAGCUCUCUGUCUCUCUCUCUCUGUCUCUCUAGAUCUCUCUAUCACAGAUAUUUCAUCCUUCCUUAUCCUCCAUUACACCUCUAUAUAACUUUCUCAAACACCCUUCACUAUUCGUCUCUCUCUCUCUAAGAUGGCAUCUUCAGUAAUGUUAGCAGUUCUAGUGAGUUCUUUAAUUGUUUCUUCUGCUGGAAAUUUCUACCAAGACAUUGCUAUUACGUGGGGAGAUCAACGUGCCAAGAUCUUCAAUGGAGGGCAGCUUCUAACCCUCUCCCUCGACAGGGUAUCAGGUGCUGGAUUCCGAUCUAACGAACAGUAUCUGUUUGGUAGGAUUGAUAUGCAACUCAAGCUUGUGGGUGGUAACUCUGCUGGAACUGUCACAGCUUACUGGUUAUCUUCUGAAGGACUGAACCGUGACGAGGUCGACUUGGAAUUCCUUGGAAAUCUUAGUGGAGACCCUUACGUCUUGCAUACCAAUGUAUACACCCAAGGGAAAGGAGACAGGGAGCAGCAGUUCUACCUUUGGUUUGACCCCACCAAGAAUUUCCACACUUAUUCCAUUGUUUGGAAUCCUAGAAACAUCAUCUACUUCGUGGAUAACAUUCUCAUAAGAGAAUUCAGGAAUGGACAAUCAAUAGGGGUCCCUUUCCCUCAUAACCAGCCCAUGAGGAUCUACUCAAGCUUAUGGAACGCGGACGAGUGGGCAACUAGAGGUGGCCUUAUUAAAACUGAUUGGUCCAAAGCACCAUUCACUGCCUUUUACCAGAACUUCAAUGCCGAUGCCUGUGUUUGGUCUUCAAGGGGAUCUUCGUGCAGGACGAUGUCUAAUACCAACUCUGCACCCAACAAAGCAUGGCAGACACAAGAGCUCGACCCAUUGAGUCGAAGGAGACUCAGAUGGGUGCAGAAGAAUUAUAUGAUCUACAACUACUGCUCUGAUUGGAAGCGUUUCCCUCAGGGUCUGCCACCUGAAUGCAGGCACUAGGGGUAAUAUUGGACCAAGUCAAAACUGGACUGAUGAAGUGUUAGAUUUGGUCUGUUAGUUUCUUUGGAUGCAUGGUCUCUUGUCUUACAGGUCUGAUCUCCUUUUGUUC